UCACAUCAUGUUUGUUCCGGCUCUGCUCACCUGUAUUGUGCUGAGAGCAUUCAGUGCUCAGGCAAAAGUGCUCACAGGUUUUGAUGAGUGUAAAGGGUUCUUUUACAAAGACACUGAACCGAGAGGAAUAGGUCAGAAUGGCAAACAGAUUUGUCAGAAUCUGGAACAUGGAGGUUUUUAUUAUGCUACGCUGUACUCAGUUCAUCACAGGAUCCCCUUCUACAGCGCUUACACAUUGGACCCUGAAUGCUCAAGCACCGCUGGAAGGACAGAAAACUGGCACGUCGAGCCACAGAUUUCCCAACCUGAAUCCCAAACUGAUUACAUGGUCCGAGAGAAGGACUCUGAUGGAAAGAUGAUUAAGAGAUAUCAAGCCAUCAGCAGUGACUAUAGAGACACCAGAUAUGAUCGCGGACCCCUGAACCCCAGCAGCUUUCACUGCGAAGAAGGCUCUACGGCAGCGUUCACGCUGACCAAUGCUGCACCUAUAGAUGCAGGCUUUAACCGUAUCCACUGGAAGAACUUGGAGAGCAUGCUGAGAAGCUUCUUAAGAAGCAGGAUUGACAGUGAUGGUGGUUUUGCAACAGUCUACAUCGUCACAGGGACGGUACCCGAUGCGAGUCUACGGAUACCACAGAGGGAAAUCCCUGAAGAGUCUGAAAGGGUGACGGUGCCCUCUCACAUCUGGACGGCCGUCUGCUAUAAACACCGCAGUGAUGACACAAAGUCUUUCUCCUUCGGCUAUGUGGGAGAAAACCAGCCUGAAGGUGGCAUACGCCUGAUGAGAGUCACAGACCUGAACCAUGAGCUCAGCAGACUCUACAGUAAUCAGUCAAUUAACAUUUUUGUUGGUGAUUGUUUUGGUGACAGUGAUAAAUUAAAUGAGGUUCAGGGUAUGUUUGACAAAUUAAUGAAUCUGCCAGUGAACCAAGGAGACCAAAUGACCACAGAUGUGCAGAACGUGUCUCGCCGGCUGAAAAGGGCUGUCAGAAGCUACCAGCACUCACACCUCACAGUUGAAGGGUACUGGUGCAGGCUUGAUCACCCAUGUGACACACACGGUGAGGACUACUACUGGUGCUGGAUCGGUUACGGGAUCUUUUUCGACAACUGGGACUACUGCAGCCCUCCACUGUUGGGAACUAGAGCUAAAAACGGGCUGUACUGCCGCAGCAACCAUGCCUGUUCCACAUAUGGUUCAGGAUACAAGUGGUGCUACACAGAUGAUGGCGAUGAAGACAUGUGCUGUGUUUCUGAUGACUGCUUCUCAGCUGUGAAUGACAAGAGAUGCAUGUCUAAUCACCGCUGUGGCUACCAUGGCUAUAGUUACCUGUGGUGUUACACGGAUGAUGAAGACAACUGGGAUUACUGUUGCAAACACUGUGAUCAUUAGGGUUACGGUGUUUAUUACAAUUAAUACCAAAGCAUUACUUUGAUAAGUUCUGUACAUGGAGCACUUACUAACCUAGAAACAAAUAAAAUACAAUAAUUUUAACAAAUUCUAACAAAAUUAAGAUUUUCCUUAAUAAGGAUUCCUUAUAGCAACCUUAUAUUUGUUGUGUUUUACUUUUUUAAAUUCAUUCAUUUGAAUCAUUUAUCAUUUAAUUAUUCCAUUUAAUCAGUUAAAAUAAUAAACAUUAAAGUCAUUUAUAAAGUCAUUUCAUUUAUUCACUUUUUGAUUAGUCACUUGUAUUGUUUUAUUUUGUUAUUUUUUUCCAUUGUUGUAAUCUUAUGGUUGUGUGGUUUCAAGCGAUAUUUGUCUUUAUGAGGAGGAGAUAAAAGAAGGUCUACGAUUCAAGCUCACAUGCAGAACAAUGUUGUGAAGCAGUAAUUUUCCAUUGCUAUUGCUUGUGGUAUAAUAACACUUGUUGGAUUUGUGCUGGUCAGACAAAAUCUGAGCAUUGGAACAUACACAACUAUGAUUAUUCAAUAAA